AUCGCACAACCGGUCACACCUACUUUCAUACGUCCCCGUUACCACACAAAGCCUUUUCCGAUCCAAAAAUUCCCUGAGCCGCCGCCAUGACUCUCGCCGAGGAGUUCCGCACUAGAAACUUCAGUAUUUACGGUCAAUGGACGGGUGUUGUGUGCAUCAUCCUAUGCCUGGCGCUCGGUAUCGCCAACAUCUUCAGUUUCAAUGCGGUGAUCAUCAUCUUCAGCGUCCUGUGUCUUAUCUCCGCCUUCAUUCUCAUCUUCACCGAAGUGCCUUUCCUGCUCCGAAUCUGCCCGACCUCGCCGAAGUUCGAUGAAUUCAUCCGCAAGUUCACAACCAACUGGAUGCGUGCUGGCAUGUACGCCGUUAUGAGUGUGGUGCAGUUUCUCAGUCUACUCAAGGAUGCCACCAGCUUGAUUGCUGCGGCUGUUGUUCUCCUGAUUGCGGCCAUUUUCUACGCGCUCGCGGCCGUGAAGAGUCAAGAGUUUGUCAGCAGUAAGACACUGGGUGGCCAAGGACUUGCGCAGAUGAUUGUGUAGAGGCCGUAGGCUUUUGCGCCAAAGGGAGAAACCAACUUAUACAAUUCAGAAAGUCUAAAAUGGAAUGCAAGGCUUCUUGGGCUGGAGUUGAGUGUGAUGCGAUGAUGAGCCGAUAUCGCAUUCUUGCUGCGACGGAGGGGCUAUGCACUCCUUUGCUUCGCUUUGCUCUGCUUUGCUUUUCGUGAAACCUUAUUCAGCCUCGCUGGAGUCUAGGUUGCUGCUGAUGCUUUGCUUGAGCCAUUCCUAUUACCUUGCCUUGUAUCGGUCUGCUUUAUUUUUGGCAUCGGUUACCUCGUUGAGGUCUUUCGCGAUGAGUUUAGAUGAAUCCUGUAACAACUAGUAGUUCACCGCAGCGAAUACCCUACCUACCAGCAUCCUGGCG